AUGGUCGAUCCGAGCAAGAUGACGGUCGCUCAGCUGAAGGAGGAGCUGGAUGCUCGCGGGCUGUCCACCACGGGCAAGAAGGAAGAGUUGAAAGAGAGGCUCAUCGAAGCACUCGACGCGAACGAGGAAGAGGAUGAGGAGGAGGAGGAGGACAUCGGACCGCACUAUAAGGAGUGGGACGAUAAGAAAGCAGAGGUGUGUGCCCGCUUGGGCAUGCCCAGGCAAUCCCCGUGCCUUAUCAUCCGCAGUUACGGCGAAGACAGAUCCGACUCGGAAGACGAAAGCCCCCCAACCGCCGACGAGGUGGCCAAGAUAAGGGUCAUCCUGGGCACCGACGCGCGCAUGAAGGCUACCGACCGCGCGAUGAAGUUUGCCCAGGGCCAAUCUCCCGGAGGGUACGGCUCGGACAGCGACGUGAUGGACAGCGACGACGACUACGACGAAGGCUUUUUCUGCUUCACGACGGCGAACAGCAAUGCCGUCGUCAUGGGCCUGGAGGCCCAAAUCAACAAGGCGACCGACGCUAAAAAGCCCAAAUCUACACAGUUCGACGAGCUCUCCAUGCUCACGUAUGCCAUCCACUACAACAACAUGUGGUUCAACGACAACGAGUUUUGGGAAGAGGGCGACUUGGUGGAGUCCUCGUGCGAGAAGCUCGCGGCGGCGUGGAAGAAGCUCCUCGCGCACUCCGACGAGGAGCUCGGCAUCGACCCGGAGAUUCGCGGGGUAUCGGGGUGA